UCCCGCCCCGCGCCGCAGGUGUCCCGCUCGAAGGCGGGGCGCGCAGCCAAGCGUGGCACUCCUGGAAUCCCCGCACGCGGGGAAUUCCUGCCCAGCUGGGGGACCUGGGCCGGUGGCGCUCUGGGAAACCCCAAGGAGGGGCAGGGUCGCUGCCAGCGUGGACCCUGCGCCAGGACUUCUCUGGACCACAGCCAGAUCCCUUCAGCCCCCAGUCCACCAUGACCCCUCCAGGCCACAUACUGCUCCUGCUUUUGCUCCCAGCUGCUGCUGCCCAGAUGUCCACAGGUGAGCCAUCGCGCCCUACCUUUGACCCUGGAACUUCAGGUUCCUGUUCCGGAUGUGGGCCCCUCUCCCCACUUCUCCUGGCGGGCCUGGUGGCUGCAGAUGCCAUCAUGUCACUGAUAAUUGUGGGGGUGGUGUUGGUGUAUGCCCGCCCACGCCCAGGACGGAGGCUCAACCAUGAAAAUGACAAAAUCUACAUCAACGUGCCUGGUAGAGGCUGACCUCCURUAACUUCAACCUUUGACUUCUGACCCUCUCAUCCUGAAUCGUGUGUGAUGGCACAGGAACAUGUACACCACCCCCACCCUUUUGGAUUGAAUA